CUAUACAGCUAGCUCAGCCCAGGUCGUGUUCCGAUUUGAGUUUCGGAACUUAUAGCUUGAAGCUAGAUCAGAGAAAUUAGGUUAAAUGGGAAGGCCACCUUGCUGUGACAAAGUUGGAGUGAAAAAAGGACCAUGGACGCCGGAGGAAGACAUCAUCUUGGUGUCGUACAUUCAAGAACACGGACCUGGGAAUUGGAGAUCAGUUCCUACCAACACAGGUUUGAUGAGAUGUAGCAAGAGCUGCCGGCUCAGAUGGACUAAUUAUCUCCGGCCGGGCAUCAAACGCGGUAACUUCACCGACCAUGAGGAGAAGAUGAUCAUCCACCUCCAAGCUCUUCUGGGUAAUAGAUGGGCUGCCAUAGCUUCCUACCUUCCUCAGAGAACAGACAAUGAUAUUAAGAAUUACUGGAACACCCACCUGAAGAAGAAGCUCAGAAAGCUUCAGACAGGUAGUGCUGAGGAUGGCAUUUCAGGUACUUCACAGCAGCCAAUUUCAAAGGGUCAGUGGGAGAGAAGGCUCCAAACAGAUAUCCAUAUGGCCAAACAAGCCCUUUGUGAGGCACUCUCCCUUGACAAACCAAGUCAUGAUCAUCACCAUGUGCCAGACUUAAAGCCCUCACUCUCCAAUAUUAAUGCCACUACUAGUACUACUGCCACUACUAGAACUCACCAAGCAUCCACAUAUGCGUCCAACACCGAAAACAUUGCUCGAUUGCUCGAAAACUGGAUGAAAAAUUCACCAAAAGUUCGAACAAACUCAUCGGACGAUCAUCAAUCCCAUGUUCAUCAUCAGAAUAUGCUCAGCAACGGUUCAUGUUCUAGUACUACCGACGGGGCGCAUAGCGGGACAACUACCACGCCGGACCAUCAAGACCACCAGGGUUUCGAUUCCUUGUUUAGUAGCUUCAACUCCAGCACAUUAUCCGAUAACACUUCGACUCAGUUAUCAGCAGGAAAUAAUCAUCGUCACGCUAGUACUACUACUAACAAUAAUAAUACUAGUCUCAUGAUGUUCCAAGACGAAAGCAAGCCCAAUUUAGAGGAGACGGUCGCGGCAGCUGCAGCAGAAGCAGCUGAUCAAGUCCCUCUCACAUUGCUGGAGAAGUGGCUCUUAGAUGAUGCUAGUGCACAUCAAGCUCAUGAUCAAGAUAUCCUAUUUUAAAAUUAAUCAAUAUCGAUCAGAUUAAAGCCGCUCAUCCAUCCCCAUCUUAGGGUUUCAUUUUCCUUGUUUUAAUUUUCUCAAGUUAGGCUUUUGUUAGCCUUGUAACCAUGCUUUUUGUUCUUCUUUUUUUCCCUGUCUCUCUUUUUUCUUCUCGCG